CAAUGAACCAGACGGUUCUCUUCUUUGUAUCUCACAACUGCGGAAGUCUUUUACUGUUAAAAGUCUUCGGUCUGUCUUCUCUCCAUUUAAACGGCAAAAACACCAUUUCCGUAUCGAGUAAGUCAACAGAAAUCAGAGAGAAAUGCACGGGCUGCCUCGCAAAGUCCCAACGGCAGAAGAAGCAGCAGCUUCUGCUGUCAAAGCUGAGAAGCUACGGUGUCUCCAGUCUCAAGUCCUCUCCAAUCACCAUCAUAAAAUUUAUACUAAAGAAGCUGUAGAAGCAAGCGCGAAACUUUUAGAAACCAAUCCAGAAUGUUACACUGCUUGGAACUAUAGAAAGCUCGCCGUUCAACACAAUCUCUCUCAAUCCGAUUCCGAUCCCGACAUCGUUAAGUCAAUUCUCGAUCAAGAACUUCGAGUCGUAGAGAGCGCAUUGAGGCAAAAUUUCAAGUCAUAUGGAGCGUGGCAUCAUCGUAAGUGGGUGUUAUGUAAAGGUCAUUCUUCUAUUGACAAGGAACUGAAGCUUCUGGACAAGUUAUUCACUAUUGAUUCUCGUAAUUUUCACGCUUGGAGUUAUCGAAGAUUUGUAGCACAAUUGAUGAACAGAUCUGAGAAGGAUGAGCUAGACUACACUGAGUGUCUAAUUGGAAAAAAUUUCAGUAAUUAUUCUGCUUGGCACAAUCGAAGUUUCCUUCUGUCUAAUUUGGUGAAGAAGAGUGUUGAAGGUUUUUCCGAGAAAAAUGAGGUCUUAACUAGGGAGUAUGAAUUGGUGCGUGAUGCUGUUUUUACUGAUCAGGAUGAUCAAAGUGGUUGGUUUUAUCAUCUUUGGCUUCUCAAGCAAACCGUUAAUACGGAGGGUCCUAUGCUUGUUUCUUCAUGGCCUGCUCAUCGUUCUGAUAUCAUUCUAUUGAUAGAUAGCUGCCUGGAGGAUUGUGCUUCCUCUCCAUUCAGUACCUUCCAAUUUGAUUCAGGAACAUUUCCGCUCAUUCUUUUCUUUAAUCAGGCUGUUGAAGGUAUAAACUCAUCAACAGUAAAAGUUGCAUCUGGAUUUAACUCAAAUGAAGAUCUUACAUGGAAACCUGUUUCAACACAUAUCUCUCAGGCUGCCCAAGUUUGGGUCACAGAAUUAAGUUUUCCUGAUGUGAAUCUCCAUUCAUUAGAAUCUUAUCCAGUGGAGGUUAGCUUUGGACAAUAUCAAGGAAUCGUUUCUUCUACUGGCUCUUACUAUAGCCAUCCUUCUCAUCUUGCAUUUACAGUGCGUGUACAAUCAGUCAAAACAGGACUUGCAGAAGGGGCAAGUGUAGCGAGGAUCUCAUGGACAGAUAAUAACUUUCAUCUAUGUGAACCUCAUUUGUUGGAAUCAGAUUUAGUUGCUUCACUUGAUAACUUAAGUAUAAAAAGUAAGAAUGAGCCAGCGGCUGCUACAUGGCAAGAAAAAAUUAUAGCAGAAGAGAUUAAACUCUUCCGUGAGUUGUCAGACUGUAAAAUUGGUAAGCUUACACUUGCAAGAUUAUUAUCUGCUCAUGAUGCAUUAGUGUCCUCUGACAAAUCAGCCCAUUCUGAAGAAGUUCUUAGAUUAUAUUGUCAAUUAAUUAAGUUGGAUCCAACACAUGCUCGAUACUACAAGGAUGUACACAGCUUGGCUUUAUUGCAACAGGUGACGUCUAGUCAAGAGUCUGUGCUGAGCCGCUGCUUUCACUAUAGGGACUUGACUUCAUUAAGCAGUGGCUAUCCUAUAUGUUUACGACUGAAUAACUUGUCCUUAUCACGAAUAGGGGCUGUUGAGAAAUUAUUGUGGGUUCAAAUGCUAGAUCUGAGUUGCAAUGAACUUCAAUCAAUCGAAGGAUUGGAGGCUAUGCAGCUACUUUCUUACUUGAGCUUGAGUAGAAAUAAGCUCUCUAGCUUUACUAGUCUGGAACCUUUGAGACAGUUGAAGUCACUGAAAAUGCUGGAUAUUUCAUACAAUGAGAUAGGUCUGCACUCAAUUGACACGACAAGAUAUCUGUGUUCCUCUCCUUUGUCUCAUUCAGUUGGAAAUGAGUGGGAGCAAGAUAAAACUGUGAUUUAUGGAAUCGACAUGACAAAUUACUGGGAAGCCUUUUUUGUGUUGAAAGGCUUGAACUUGACACAACUAGAUGUGCUGGGGAAUGCCAUCGCUGAUGAAAAAUUUACCUCAUUUCUGGUUAAGGUUCUACCUAAACUUAAGUGGCUGGAUGGUGUUAAAUUGAACUGAGUUGACUUUUAACCAAUUGCUUAGACCCUACCAGAUUAUUGCAGAUAUGAGAGUAACAUUUCUUUAGAUGCAAUCACUAGGUUAUACAACAAAAGUAUCAAAUUUGCCAAUUUAACUCCUUCCAUCUGGUGGAAGAAAUUCAGUGUCAAUCUCCUGAUGUGAGACUAUUGAUCUGUGAACUAAGCUGGUGUUGGAAUUCUCAACUGUUGAUGAGGGCGUGAAGUAGUUUCAUGAAUGGGUGAGCAAAAUGUGUGAAGAUGAUAUUAAAAUGGAUCACUAGUGGAUAAUAUAGCUCGCAUAAACGCUGCCCAGAAUAGCAUGGAUGAUGCAGAUCUUGGAGACUGCCAGGAUGAUGAGUAUCUGAAUGACAAAGCUUUUGCCACAGACAUGCAGAAAUAUGACUCCCCAAGUGACGAUGAUAUUGCCGGCCAAAGUGGUGCGGCCAUCAUAGUAACUUGGCAACAUGCCCUGAACUGCAUGUAUAGACGACAAGAGAGUUGGCAAAGAAGUACUAAGGAGCUAUCACUUUAUGUAUAAAACCUGGGCAAGAAGUUGCCUUUUUAUCCACUACUUGGACAAGAUGUAGCAAUAGUGUAGUUUCCAGAAACUAGCUUGGUAUUAUUGUACUUGGAGAAAAUCUGUCAGUUUAUUCAUGGCUAAGCGCAAAGAUGACUUUCAUUAAAUCUAA